GUGCAUCAUUGCCGUAUCCUCAAAAUAACACCAGAGUGAGUGAGGAAGUCACUUUUGGUGAAUUAAACUCCUCCGUCCUCGCUGGGAGGAGCUGAGACGUGAGUGAGGGAGGCGAGGAGCCAUGUUAGCCAAAUGGAAAGCAGCCAGUAUCCCUUUAAAACUGCUCCUCUACCUGGAAUGAAUCAGCGCUUGAUAAGCCCUCCCUCUUCUUCCUGCUCUCAAACACAACAAGCUCCACUCUGUGCUCAUAUUUCCUUGUUCCCUCCCCUUCAGAUCUACAGUUUGCAGAUGGGUGUAACCAACAUGUAACGUAGUACAAGAGCUGUCAAACUUGUUUCACCUGUCAGGAAGUGAAACUCAGACAGUCGUUGCCGCGUGAGAGCUGAAAUGGCGCAGAAAGGAGAUCAGCUGGACCGAGAAACCUUCUCUUGUUCCAUCUGUCUGGAUCUACUGAAGGAUCCAGUGACUAUUCCCUGUGGACACAGCUACUGCAUGAGCUGUAUUAAAGGCUUCUGGGAUGAAGAGAAUCAGAAGAAGACCUACAGCUGCCCUCAGUGCAGACAGACCUUCACACCGAGGCCUGUCCUGGUGAAAAGCACCAUGUUAGCAGCUUUAGUGGAGCAGCUGAAGAAAACUGAACUCCAAGCUGCUCCUGCUGAUCACUGCUAUGCUGGACCUGAAGAUGUGGCCUGUGAUGUCUGCACUGGGAGGAAACGGAAAGCCCUCAAGUCCUGUCUGGUGUGUCUGGCCUCUUACUGUGAGAAUCACCUCCAACGUCACUAUGAUGUUGCUCCAUUAAAGAAACACAAGCUGGUCGACCCCUCGGAGAAGCUCCAGGAGAACAUCUGCUCUCGUCAUGAUGAGGUGAUGAAGAUAUUCUGCCGUACUGAUCAGCAGAGUAUCUGUUAUCUCUGCACUAUGGAUGAACAUAAAGGCCACGACACAGUCUCAGCUGCAGCAGAAAGGACUGAGAGGCAGAGAGAGCUCGAGGUGAGUCGACAAAACAUCCAGCAGAGAAUCCAGGACAGAGAGAAAGAUGUGAAGCUGCUUCAACAGGAGGUGGAGGCCGUCAGUCGCUCUGCUGAUAAAGCAGUGGAGGACAGUGAGAAGAUCUUCACUGAGCUGAUCCGUCUCAUCCAGAAAAGAAGCUCUGAUGUGAAGCAGCAGAUCAGAUCCCAGCAGGAAACUGAAGUGAGUCGAGUCAAAGAGCUUCAGGAGAAGCUGGAGCAGGAGAUCACUGAGCUGAAGAGGAAAGACGCUGAACUGAAGCAGCUCACACACACAGAGGAUCACAACCAGUUUCUACACAACUACCCCUCACUGUCACAACUCAGUGCAUCUACAGACUCAUCCAGCAUCAAUAUCCGUCCACUGAGAUACUUUGAGGAUGUGACAGCAGCUGUGUCAGAGCUCAGAGAUCAACUACAGGACAUCCUGAUGGAGAAAUGGACAAACAUCUCACUGGCAGUGACUGAAGUGGACGUUUUACUGUCAGAAGCAGAACCCAAGACCAGAGCGGGAUUCUUAAAAUAUAAACAAGAAAUCACACUGGAUCCAAACACAGCACACACAUGGCUGUUAUUAUCUGAGGGGAACAGAAAAGCAACAUUCAUGAGACAACAACAGUCUUAUUCUAGUCACCCAGACAGAUUCACUGUAUGGCGUCAGGUCCUGAGUAGAGAGAGUCUGACUGGACGUUCUUACUGGGAGGUGGAGUGGAGAGGGAGAGGAGUUUAUGUAGCAGUCGCAUACAAGAAUAUCAGCAGAGUAGGCGACUCAGAUGAAUGUGGAUUUGGAUUUAAUGACAAAUCUUGGAUGUUAAAUUGUCACACUGACAGUUAUACAUUUCUGUUCAACAGUAUCUCAACUCCCGUCUCAGGUCCUGGUUCCUCCAGAGUAGGAGUGUACCUGGAUCACAGAGCAGGUAUUCUGUCCUUCUACAGCGUCUCUGAAACCAUGACUCUCCUCCACAGAGUCCAGACCACAUUCACUCAGCCUCUCUAUGCUGGACUUUGGCUUCAUGAUUAUGGAGACACAGCUGAGUUGUGUAAACUCAAAUACAGUCGUUGCCACGUGAGAGCUGAAAUGGCGCAGAAAGGAGAUCAGCUGGACCGAGAAACCUUCUCUUGUUCGAUCUGUCUGGAUCUACUGAAGGAUCCGGUGACUAUUCCCUGUGGACACAGCUACUGCAUGAGCUGUAUUAAAGACUUCUGGGAUGGAGAGGAUCAGAGGAAGAUCUACAGCUGCCCUCAGUGCAGACAGACCUUCGCACCGAGGCCUGUCCUGGUGAAAAACACCAUGUUAGCAGCUUUAGUGGAGCAGAUGACGAAAACUGAACUCCAAGCUGCUCCUCCUGAUCACUGCUAUGCUGGACCUGAAGAUGUGACCUGUGAUGUCUGCACUGGGAGGAAGCGGAAAGCCCUCAAGUCCUGUCUGGUGUGUCUGGCCUCUUACUGUGAGAAUCACCUCCAGCCUCAUUAUGAUGCAGCUCCAUUAAAGAAACACAAGCUGGUCGACCCCUCAGAGAAGCUCCAGGAGAACAUCUGCUCUCGUCAUGAUGAGGUGAUGAAGAUAUUCUGCCGUACUGAUCAGCAGAGUAUCUGUUAUCUCUGCACUAUGGAUGAACAUAAAGGCCACGACACAGUCUCAGCUGCAGCAGAAAGGACUGAGAGGCAGAGAGAGCUCGAGAUGAGUCGACAACAAAUCCAGCAGAGAAUCCAGGACAGAGAGAAAGAUGUGAAGCUGCUUCAACAGGAGGUGAAGGCCGUCAGUCGCUCUGCUGAUAAAGCAGUGGAGGACAGUGAGAAGAUCUUCACUGAGCUGAUCCGUCUCAUCCAGAAAAGAAGCUCUGAUGUGAAGCAGCAGAUCAGAUCCCAGCAGGAAACUGAAGUGAGUGGAGUCAAAGAGCUUCAGGAGAAGCUGGAGCAGGAGAUCACUGAGCUGAAGAGGAAAGACGCUGAACUGAAGCAGCUCUCACACACAGAGGAUCACAUCCAGUUUCUACAAAACUUCCCCUCACUGUCACAACUCAGUGCAUCUACAGACUCAUCCAGCAUCAAUAUCCGCCCUCUGAGAUACUUUGAGGAUGUGACAGCAGCUGUGUCAGAGCUCAGAGAUCAACUACAGGACAUCCUGAUGGAGAAAUGGACAAACAUCUCACGGGCAGUGACUGAAGCUUUACUGUCAGAAGCAGAACCCAAGACCAGAGCUGAGUUCUUAAAAUAUAAACAAGAAAUCACUCUGGAUCCAAACACAGCAUACACAUGUCUGUUAUUAUCUGAGGGGAACAGGAAAGCAACAUUCAUGAGUCAACAACAGUCUUAUUCUCGUCACCCAGACAGAUUCACUGUAUAUUAUCAGGUCCUGAGUAAAGAGAGUCUGACUGGACGUUGUUACUGGGAGGUGGAGUGGAGAGGGGUAGGAGUUCGUGUAGCAGUCGCAUACAAGAAUAUCAGCAGAGUAGGCGACUCAGAUGAAUGUGGAUUUGGAUUUAAUGACAAAUCUUGGAUGUUAAAUUGUCACACUGACAGUUAUACAUUUUGGUUCAACAGUAUCUCAACUCCCGUCUCAGGUCCUGGUUCCUCCAGAGUAGGAGUGUACCUGGAUCACAGAGCAGGUGUUUUGUCCUUCUACAGCGUCUCUGAAACCAUGACUCUCCUCCACAGAGUCCAGACCACAUUCACUCAGCCUCUCUAUGCUGGACUUGGGCUUUAUAAUUAUGGAGUCACAGCUGAGUUGUGUAUCAAAGUCCAAACUUGUUUCACCUGUCAGGAAGUGAAACUCAGACAGUCAUUGCCACUGAGAGCUGAAAUGGCGCAGAAAGGAGAUCAGCUGGACCGAGAAACAAUCAGCUGUUCGAUCUGUCUGGAUCUACUGAAGGAUCCGGUGACUAUUCCCUGUGGACACAGCUACUGCAUGAGCUGUAUUAAAGGCUACUGGGAUGGAGAGGAUCAGAGGAAGACCUACAGCUGCCCUCAGUGCAGACAGACCUUCGCACCGAGGCCUGUCCUGGUGAAAAGCACCAUGUUAGCAGCUUUAGUGGAGCAGCUGAAGAAGACUGGACUCCAAGCUGCUCCUGCUCAUCACUGCUAUGCUGGACCUGAAGAUGUGGCCUGUGAUGUCUGCACUGAGAGGAAGUUGAAAGCCCUCAAGUCCUGUCUGGUGUGUCUGGCCUCCUACUGUGAGAAACACCUCCAGCCUCAUUAUCAUGCAGCUCCAUUAAAGAAACACAAGCUGGUCGACCCCUUGGAGAAGCUCCAGGAGAACAUCUGCUCUCGUCAUGAUGAGGUGAUGAAGAUGUUCUGCCGUACUGAUCAGCAGAGUAUCUGUUAUCUCUGCUCUGUGGAUGAACAUAAAGGCCACGACACAGUCUCAGCUGCAGCAGAAAGGACUGAGAGGCAGAGAGAGCUCGAGGUGAGUCGACAAAACAUCCAGCAGAGAAUCCAGGACAGAGAGAAAGAUGUGAAGCUGCUUCAACAGGAGGUGAAGGCCGUCAGUCGCUCUGUUGAUAAAGCAGUGGAGGACAGUGAGAAGAUCUUCACUGAACUGAUCCAUCUCAUCCAGAAAAGAAGCUCUGAUGUGAAGCAGCAGAUCAGAUCCCAGCAGGAAACUGAAGUGAGUCGAGUCAAAGAGCUUCAGGAGAAGCUGGAGCAGGAGAUCACUGAGCUGAAGAGGAAAGACGCUGAACUGAAGCAGCUCUCACACACAGAGGAUCACAACCAGUUUCUACACAACUACCCCUCACUGUCACAACUCAGUGCAUCUACAGACUCAUCCAGCAUCAAUAUCCGUCCUCUGAGAUACUUUGAGGAUGUGACAGCAGCUGUGUCAGAGCUCAGAGAUAAACUACAGGACAUCCUGAGGGAGAAAUGGACAAACAUCUCAUUGGCAGUGACUGAAGUGGACGUUUUACUGUCAGAACCAGAACCCAAGACCAGAGCUGGAUUCUUAAAAUAUUCACGUGAAAUCACAUUGGAUCCAAACACAGCACACACACGUCUGUUAUUAUCUGAGGAGAACAGAAAAGCAACAUUCAUGAGACAACAACAGUCUUAUUCUAGUCACCCAGACAGAUUCACUGUAUGGUUUCAGGUCCUGAGUAGAGAGAGUCUGACUGGACGUUGUUACUGGGAGGUGGAGUGGAGAGGGGGAGGAGUUCAUGUAGCAGUCGCAUACAAGAAUAUCAGCAGAUCAGGAGACUCAGAUGAAUGUGGAUUUGGAUGUAAUGACAAAUCUUGGAUGUUAGAUUGUAACACUAACAGUUAUAGAUUUCUGUUCAACAGUAUCUCAACUCCCGUCUCAGGUCGUCGUUCCUCCAGAGUAGGAGUGUACCUGGAUCACAGAGCAGGUAUUCUGUCCUUCUACAGCGUCUCUGAAACCAUGACUCUCCUCCACAGAGUCCAGACCACAUUCACUCAGCCUCUCUAUGCUGGACUUUGGAUUUAUGAUUAUGGAGACACAGCUGAGUUGUGUAAACUCAAAUAGA